AAUCACCAUAACGAAGAUCAUGUUUCAAUUCUUCGCUGUAUCGGCUCUACUGAUGAGCCUAGUAACGGCGCAACAAAUCAGCCCUAUGGAAGAAUAUUUGAAUAACUUCAGCCCCUUAUUAGGAAGUAAAUACACAAAUAUAAUGGACAAUCUGAAGCAGCAAGUCCCAAAACCUGCACAAUAUGGGCAAGGAGAAUCUCACGAAGAAGCAACAGCAUCCAAAUCCGCUAACUUCCAAUUCACUGGUUGGACAGACUUCGGAACAUGCACAAAAAUAUGUGGUGGAGGGAGUCGAGCCAGAAGCCGAUCGUGCUUGAAUGAAACUGGGCAUCCGGUUACUAUUGACAAUUGCUUUACUAUUGCACCGUCAGGUACUUUUGAUCUUUUCAAACUUGUAAAAUAUGGAAGCGAGAUGAUGGAAACAGACGAGGAACUUUGUAACAAACACGAAUGCAGUGUUUCAGAAUGGAUUCUUCAAAAGUCUUGCUCUCAAAAAUGCGGAGGAGGGGUUAUGACCUAUUCAAGAACUUGUUACGAUUCCAUGGAUCAAAACAAUUGUAAUUUUGAAAGCACAAAACUAGUUCCAUGCAACAAAGAUCCAUGCUUUCGCGUCGGAAAAUGGCAAGAAUGGAGUCGCUGUACAGCGCCAUGUGGCGGAGGAAGAUCAUCGAGAAAAAGAAACUGUGAACCAAACGUGCCAAUACAUUCUCCGUUAUACGGCGAACUUGCUUAUGCGCUUGAACACGUAUCAAAGCCUGCGGUAUUGAGGUCAAUCGAUCAUGAGAAUGAAGUUUAUUAUUUCUCUCAAUACCUGACGUCGUGUGGAGCACACAUGGUCCAAUCCAGAUUCUGUAAUGCCGGAAAUUGUCCAUCUUGCCCAAUGAAUCAAAUGUAUCAGGCAUGUAAACCAUGUACAAGAAUAUGCAAAACAAUGGAUAUUACAAAUUUUCGUAAUAUCCAAAUAAAACUGCCAAAAGUUACUUACAACCCCAACGGUUGUGGAGGGAUCUGUAUUCCGGGUUGUGGAUGUCCCGCGCACACUCCUCUUUUAGGAUCUGAUGGCGGUUGCUACGCGAUGGAUUUCUUUUGUCCACAAAAUCAUCUUACACCUGCCCAAAAAACAGAGAUGAUGCUGAGAAUGAUCAUGGAACGCAGAAGAACAACUCCUGCUCCAGCCACCACCAACAAACCGAGCUAUUACCAACGGGCUCUGUCAACGAAAAAGACCACAACAACACCGGCGAUACCCGCAACUGCAAAACCAAAGGCAGCCUGUCCUAAAAAUAUUCUCAUUACCCAUGACUUUGACCAUUGUGAAUGCAGAGGAGAAAAACAAGUCUACGAUUGCCUUACAAAUAAGAAAUGUCCGUUUAUGUGCAUGGACGCGCCGACUUGCCCCGAUGCCAAAUCUCCUCGAUUGAAGUCAAUUUCCAACGAAUGUCAGAAUUAUCAGAAAUGUAAUAUAAACAGUGACUGCGCAGAAGGAUCAGUAUGUUGUGAUAUCUGUGGUGGAAGAUGUUUGAAGCCAGCAGUUUAUUAGGUUUCGACGGUGACGAUUUUCGACAAUCUCCGCCAUUAUGAAUUGUGUAUAAUACUCUGAUUUGACCACUUUCAUUAUUCGCUGUUGAUAACAAUUGAUAUAUAUAUACAUACCGUUUCGUUGUAAAUGAUCUAUUGCUGUCAAGCAAGGUCUUGCUAAAACUGCCUCUUGGUUGUAAUUCUAAUUCAACAAAACAAUAGUCUUGAAAACAAAUUUUCAGUUCAUUGUUUGUAACUAUUAUGUAAUAUCCAGUGCUCAAAUCGUCAUAAUGUGUAUAUUAAAUAUGUUAGUCAGCAAAACAAA